ACCGGAUUUAACUUCCGGCUGCAUCGUCCUCUGGAAACCACAACAAUGGGCAGUGUUUUGGCUGCCAGCUCCCCCAACCCCCCGCCACCCGCCUCUGGCGGUAUUGGCGCCGCCCCCGGGUUGACGGUGCCGCCAGGCUUCGGGAUGCCUUCGGUCUCCCCAGUUCUACCCCCCAUAGGGGCCGCCUCAGGACAAGAGCAGGAGGCAGACUCCCCCUUGCCCAACCCCGGUGCAUUUGAUGAGUGCCAUCGCAAGUGCAAAGAGGUUUUCCCGAUGCAGAUGGAGGGCGUCAGGCUAUUCGUCAACAAGGGACUUAGCAACCACUUCCAGGUGAAUCACACAUUGCUGCUGAGCACCACGGGAGAUUCCACCUACAGGUUCGGGGCUACAUACGUCGGAACAAAGCAGAUGGGUCCGGCAGAGUUUUUUCCAGUCAUGGUUGGAGACAUGGACAACAGUGGCAGCCUUAACGCCCAGAUCAUCCACCAAGUCGCCAACAGAGUACGAUCCAAACUGGCCUUUCAGACGCAACAAAACAAGUUUGUGAACUGGCAAGGCGACGCCGAGAUUAAGGGAGAAGAUUUCACUGCGACGGUUACUCUUGGAAACCCCGAUGUCCUCGUCGGCUCUGGUAUUGUCGUAACACACUACCUCCAGUCCAUCACGCCGGCUCUAGCUCUGGGAGGGGAGCUGGUUUACCACCGCAGGCCGGGAGAGGAGGGCACCGUGGUUUCUUUAGUGGGCAGGUACACAGGCAGCAACUACAUCGCCACGUUGACACUCGGCUCAGCGGGAGCUCAUGCGUCAUACUAUCACAAAGCCAACGAGCAGCUGCAGCUCGGCGUGGAGUACGAGGCGAGCACCCGUAUGCAGGACACCAGCGUGUCGUUCGGCUACCAGCUAGAUGUGCCGAAAGCUAAUUUGCUGUUUAAAGGCUCAGUAGACAGUAACUGGGUAGUCGGAGCAACGCUAGAAAAGAAGCUGCUCCCGCUGCCGCUCUCUCUGGUCCUCUGCACCUUCCUCAACCACCAGAAGAACAAGUUCCAGUGCGGCUUUGGCAUCACCAUCGGUUAGAGCGGCCGGUCACCGGCCCGCAGAACGGACAGAUGACGCCGUGUACAACGCUGUGUGUGUGUGUGCGUGUGUGUGUGUGUGUGUGUGUGUGUGUGUGUGUGUGUGUGUGUGCGUGUGUGUGUGCACGCGUGUGCGCGCGUCCCAUCACUACUUCAAUCUGUCGCUCCAUUCGGCCUUCAUCGCGUUACUGGUUUCAGAAGGUAGUGGGGGAGGUAAAUACAAAUCCAGUGAGUUUAAUCCUGUACGAUUCGCCGCCUGAAUGAUCCGAAGCGAAAUAAACGAUGUGAUUGAUCAGGAAUUUGUUGACUGCGGAGUCUCGACACAAACCAGUAGGCAGUAGAAACACAUGAAGAGACAUUACAGAACUCAUAGUUUUCCUCACUGAGUUCAGUGCCUGUCGCUCCAGUCUUGAGUUUUAUUCUUGUUUUUUGUUUUAGUUUUUUUACUGUAAAGUCUGUCUUGGCGUGCAGUGGAUGACACCGUUGUUUGUUUAAAGAGGAUUCAUUGGUUACAGACCAGUUUACCAGCCGACCCUCCAUGUCACACAAUCAUCACUUGUUUUGUUGCCUUUUUUAUGUUACAUACAUAUGGAUCAGUAUAUAUAUGACCUGUAUAUACCUCUUGGAAACUGAUAAAUGCCAUUUCUUACAAAAAAAAGAAAA